GCACAACGUAAACAGCUUUAUCAAGUCAAAGAUCAUUCCAGCACCAGGUUGGUCUCAUUCACUGCAUAAUUAUCCUAUGACAACCCAACAAAAUAUGAUAUAAGUCCAUUAUUUAUCCAAAUAUUAAAAGUGAUUCUAACAGUGAACAAGUAAUAAAUUAAUGAAUGACAUUGUUUGCUCUUUUGAUCCUUUCCUAUACUUUCAUUUUCAGUAGAACUGAAAGUCCUAGACAGGAGCAAUGGCGGGUAGAUUUUCUUUUUCUGACGCUGAUAUUUCGUGUCCAAUCUGCUGUGACAUCUUUAACAACCCUGUAGUGCUCAAGUGCAGCCAUAGUUUUUGUAAGUUAUGCCUGGAGCAGUAUUGGACCCGCAACAGGCCCAGAAGAGACUGUCCCUUAUGCCGAAAUGAGAGCACAGACGACCCUGUGCCCAGUCUGACCCUCAGAAACCUGUGUGAGUCCUACAUCCAGGACAGUGAUGAUGCAGAGGGAGGACAACUGCAAUGUGACCCAGGGGAGAUGUGUCCUUAUCAUGGAGAGAAGUUUAAACUAUUUUGUCUCGUGGAUAAAGUGCCUAUUUGUGUGGUUUGUCACACCUCAAGGAAGCACAAGCAACAUGACUGCUGCCCUGUGAGCGAGGCCAUUGUCGAUGUCAAGGACAAAGUGAAGUCAACCUUAGAGUCCCUGCUGGAGAAGAGAAUUACUUUUGAAAACAUGAAGAAAGUCUAUGAGGACAGUGAGUCACACAUACGGGUAAGGUGUUUUUGUACUGUGGGCUAUUUACAGUCAACAACCUACCAUAUGAUGCUUCAGUUUCAGGCACAACUGGUGGAGAGGAAGACACAUGAGGAGUUUCAAAUCCUGCACAGUUUUCUGGAAGCGGAGGAGGCAGCCAGGGUGGAAUCUCUGAGGAGAGAGCAGGAGCACAAGGCACAAGCAAUGAGAGAAAAGGCAGAAGAAAUGUCUAGAAACAUACAGGCUGUGUCUGACAGUGUCAAUGCCCUGGAGGAGCAGAUGGCUUUGGACGGUGUAUCUAUACUUUAUAAGAGCCAAAGCACACUGGACAGAGCCACUGUUCAUUCUGAAGAUGUAUUAAUGGCCCCAGGUGCCCUCAUAGAUGUGGCAAAAUAUUUGGGAUCCCUUAAAUAUCAUGUGUGGAAGAACAUGAGUAAAAUCAUUACAUACACCCCAGUCACUCUGGACCCCAACACAGCGGCCCCCUGGCUCGUGCUGUCAGAUGACCUCAGAACUGUUCAUGACAGUGACAACAAGAAGAAUCUUCCUGACAAUCCGGAGCGCUUCGACCCUGACACGGGGGUCCUGGGCUCAGAGGGAUUCACCUCAGGCAAACACGCUUGGGAUGUCAGCGUGGACGGUAACACAGCCUGGGUGGUGGGCGUCGCCAAACAAUCUGUUCAAAGGAAAGAGAAGGUGUCAUCUGUGCUUAAGAAUGGUUACCUGUCCGUGUACUUUUAUCAUAAGAUGUACUUUGCUGGGACAUCUCCUUUAACACGCCUGAACCUGAAGAGAAAUCUGGAGAAGAUUAGAGUGCUGCUGGAUUGUGACAGAGGGAGAGUGUCUUUCCAUGACCCACAUGAUAACACGCACAUCUACACAUUCAAGCAUGCCAUCACUGAAACAGUUUUUCCAUAUUUUUGGGUGGGCUGCCAGCAAUGUCCUUUAAAGAUUGAACCUCUUAAUGUUUCUGUCAAAGUUCAAGAACUAAUGCCUUUCUAAUCAUGCACAAAGUUCCACUAUUUCACCUUCUACCACAGCUUGGUUGUCAAAUUCUUUAUUACUUUUGAUGUGUUUUGAUGUUGUUAUCCACCAUUAGGUUGGACAAUGACAACCUACUUAUUUAACACGUACCUGAUUUAAGUAUUGUCACAUUUAAUUGGGUUUGUUAUGAUCAUCAGAAUAAAUAAAUUUUUGCAGA